GGAGUUACAGUGAACUACACGUUCAUCGAUCCUUUUUCCUGGACGGCGUGUGAAACAAUAACCUGCAUUUAUCAUGCUAUGCCUCAUAACUCGUCCGGACUCUGUGGUUGUGGAAGUUGAGGUGGACCUAAAAGCAAACGGAGAGGACAUUCUCAAUCAGAUAUGCUGGAAGAUGGGGAUCAUAGAGGUGGAUUAUUUUGGACUCCAGUUCACUGGUACUAAGGGAGAGGUUUUGUGGCUGAAUCUCAGAAACAGGAUCUCUCAACAAGUAGACAGCGUGUCCCCCUGCAGACUGAGGCUGCGAGUGAAGUUCUUUGUUGAGCCUCAUCUCAUUCUGCAAGUGCAGACAAGACAUUUGUUUCUAUUGCAUAUGAAGGAGGAGCUUUUCAAAGGAAGCUUGCGACUGAACACAGAGCAGGCAAUAGAGCUCUGUGCAUUAUUGGCUCAGGCAGAGUUUGGAGAUUACAACCAUAACAUGGCCAAGUACUGCUACUCCCAGAUCUGUCAAGGUCAAGAACCCAGCCAUGACACUAUUAACAAUAUUUGUUGGAGGCAUAAAGAAUUGGAGGGUGUCGGUCACGCUUCAGCGGAAUAUCAAGCCCUGCAGCUAGUAUCCUCCCUCAACAACUAUGGUGUAGAGUGGCACUCUGCCCGUGACUCUGAGGGACAGGAGCUGCUCAUUGGGGUCGGACCAGAGGGCCUCGUUGUCAGCAAAACAGAUUUCACUCCUCUUGAAAGAAUCAUAUAUCCAGUCAUUCAAAUGGCCACUCAAUCUGGAAAGAACGUAUAUGUGAGCAUCACAAAGGACAGUGGGGACAGUGUGGUGCUCCUCUUUAAGUUCAUCAGCCCCAGUGCUGCCAAUGGACUGUAUCGUGCUAUCACAGAGAUCCAUGCCUUUUACAGGUGUGACACUGUUAUGAGCACAGUGAAGAUGCAAUACAGUCGGGACUUUAAGGGUCACCUGGCCUCCCUCUUCUUUAAUGAGAGCAUUGACCUUGGUAAACGUUACAUGUUCGAUAUCCAGCGGACGUCAAAAGAAGUAUAUGACCGUGCCCGGCGUGCCCUGUUCAAAACAGGGAUGAGUGUACCUAAUUGUGAGACCCCAAGAGAUAGCUGCAGUCCCUCGUCCUCUCCGCUGAGGCUUGUGAAAGUUGCGAGGGAGGAGAGGAUGUGCAUGAGCUGCAGAGAAACUCAUAUUCUGAGGGAGAAGCUCCAAAGGCUACGAGAAGCCCUGACCUGCGUUCUUUGCUGUGAAGAACAGAUCAAUGCUACCUUCUGUCCUUGUGGCCACAUGUUCUGCUGCUAUAACUGUGCCAACCAACUUCAGUGUUGCCCAGUGUGCCGCUCAGAGGUGGACCGUGUUCAGCUUGUUUAUUUACCCACCUGUGCCAGUCUACUUGGCCUGACAGAGGCAAAAACUCUCACCUACAAAAUGCCUAGAGGGACUACCAUCUCCGAGGACUGUGGCAAUAAAGAAAAGAUUUCAAAACAUCAAAAUUUACAGAAGUAAAUAAAUAUUUAAAACUGCAGUGAAUAAAACUGUAUGCCAGCAAAACCCUAACAGAGAGUGUAUGGUGUUAGAAUACAAUGCAAAGAGGCAAAUAUUUGCGGGGAACACAAAAUGUAUUAUAUGAUGCUUUAAUGAUCUUUAGUACUGUAAUACGGAGCUACAAAAUAUCAUAAUUACUUAAUGUGUAAGAUCUUAGUUUUUGGAGAAAUGUCCUCUGGUCUAAUGAAACAACAAUUGAACUAUUUGGCCAUAAUGACUAUCGUUAUGUUUGGAGAAUAAAGGGUGAGGCUUGCAAGCCAAAGAUCAUCAUCCCAACCGUGAAGCAUGGGGGUGGCAGCAUCAUGAUGUGGGGGUGCUUUGCUGCAGGAGUGACUUGUGCACUUCACAAAACAGAUGGCAUCAUGAGGAAGGAAAAUUAUCUGGAUAUAUUGAAGCAACAUCUCAAGACAGCAGACAGGUUCAAGUUUGGUCGCAAAUGGGUCUUCCAAAUGGACAAUGACCCCAAGCAUACCUCCAAAGUUGUGGCAAAAUGGCAUAAGGACAACAAAGUCAAGGUAUUGGAGUGGCCAUCACACAACCCUGACCUCAAUCCGAAAAUGUGUGGGCAAAGAGACCUACAAACCCGACAAAGUUACACCAGUUCUGUCUGGAGGAAUGGCCCAAAAUUCCAGCAACUUAUUGUGAGAAGCUUGUGGAAGGUUACCCAAAACAUUUGACUCAAGUUAAAAAAUGUAUAGGCAAUGCUACCAAAUACUAACAAAGUGUAUAUAAACUUCUGACCCACUGGGAAUGUGAUGAAAGCUGAAAUAAAUUAUUCUCUCUACUAUUAUUCUGACAUUUCUUAUUCUUAAAAUAAAGUAGUGAUCCUAACUGACAUAAGACAGGGAAUGUUUUCUAUGAUUAAAUGUUAGGAAUUGUGAAAAACUGAGUUUAAAUGUGUUUGGCUGAGAUGUAUGUAAACUUCUGACAUCAACUGUAAGUUCUAGCAAACAUUUAUGAGUUGACCUGAUUGUAUUAGGAUGCAUUAUGUGGUCAUUCUGCACAAGUAUGGUUAACACUCCACACCAAGAAUUUUUUUUAAAAAGGAUUUAUCUAAGCAUGUAUAUGCAUUUUUACCUUACAAACAUAUAUAUAUAUAUAUAUAUAUAUAUAUUCAGUAAAUUAUGAAACAAAUUCCAAUAACAAAAUGGCCAACUAACACAAAUAACUGUGUCCUCUUCUAUACUGACAUGCUUUUAAGUUUUAUAUUUUGUAUAAAAUAAAGAGUUUAUA